UUCGUUUGAAAUAGGAGCUCUCCUCCCAGCUCUAAUAAUCACGGCGCUCGUGCCGGAAAUCACUCCUCUUAACUCUCCCUCCUCCAUUGGUCUUCAAGAUCCUCCCUAUGGUACUGGAUCUCUCCAACUUGAAGCUCUUAUUUUGUCCAUCAGCAGCUGCUUAUUUCUACCAGCUCGAUGAACACAGUUGUUCAUCCCGCACACAACAACUAGGCACAUGGGCCCAGACCAACAAGGGCACAGGACGCGCGGCAAAAUUCAAAAACUCUUCGUCCCUUUGAUUUCUUUCUACACAAUUUUCGGAGCUUCCUUCGCUUCCUUCUGUCAAUGUCUUGUGUGUAUCUUUGCAUCCAAUUCUUUCCGCACUUCUUUUUUCUUUUGUUCCUGAACUUGAAACUGCGGUCAUCCUCGCACACUAAAUCUGUAGUGAUGGAUGUUGGGAAGAAAGUUGGCAACUCCGUGUCGGGAAAAGGGACUGGUGUUGGUGCCGGUACUGGAGCAGGUGUUGGUGCAGGCACUGGAGCGGGUGUUGGUGCCGGUACUGGAGCNGGUGUUGGUGCCGGUACUGGAGCAGGUGUUGGUGCAGGCACUGGAGCGGGUGUUGGUGCCGGUACUGGAGCGGGUGUUGGUGCCGGUACUGGAGCGGGUGUUGGGGCCGGUACUGGAGCGGGUGUUGGGGCAGGUACUGGAGCAGGUGUUGGUGCCGGUACUGGAGCAGGUGUUGGUGCCGGUACUGGAGCAGGUGUUGGUGCCGGUACUGGAGCAGGUGUUGGUGCAGGUACUGGAGCAGGUGUUGGGGCAGGUACUGGAGCAAGUGUUGGUGCAGAUGCACCUGGGACACAAAAAUCCUUCACUUCGACACUUSCAAAUUGGCCACCGGAAAAUGCUUCUACUCCAUCGAGGGUUCCUUUGUAGUUUGCAGGCGCCAGCAUACCAUCACCAAAUGAGUCACGAAUCUCAAAUUGGUAGCAGCUUCCUGGUUGCAAGCAAUAAUAAUUUCCCGCCGCCGGAAAGCUGUUUACCACGCCAACUCUCAUUUGAUUAGCUGCAGCCUGGGCAAUAACCACUCCACCGCUAUCUCUCAAGAACCAGCUAGUUUCACCAAGAAAUUGGUCCGGGGUUAUUUCAAAGUUGAAUCUACCAGUACCCCCACAAGCGAGAACAGGUGUAGUGCUCGUGGUAACUUCAACUGUUGCAUCAGCUCCAUUGAGUGAUACAAAUUUGAUAUAGACUCCAUAUUGGGUGCCCCUGAAGUUGUUGAUGGCGUGCACGUUACCUGCUAGAAGAGAUCCGCGACGCCAGCUCUGUCCUAUCUGACGUGAUGGAAUAUUUUCUGUUGGCUUCUCAAUGAUGGUCACUUGGUUGAUUGCCUGGGGUGUUUCAAUGUGGGCACCCGCAGCUUCGUUGUAUCCGAUAAAGUAAUCUUCUCCGCCUUGAUCCAACUUCAAGACGAUGAGUUUUGUGGAAGUUCCCUCUGUCUGGUAUUUAUCGAUUCCAUUUAAGACAUAUGUUCUGCUACUAUCAGCAAAGUCAAUGGGAUUAACUGUACUUGCUUGUCUACUGUACCAUCCCAGUUCGAAGUUCUUGGCGGCAUUGAAGCAUUUACGCGGAGAAUCGUCCUCAAGAUAACCAAAUCCCAUUAUCCCAGUCUCAUCGCCAUACUCCGUAUCGCCCAAAUUACUGUGMUCUAACCCGAAGUUAUGACCAAUCUCGUGCAUCAAGGUUGAGGCACUAGUGCACCAAAGGUCGUUGAAAAAGCUCAAAGGAUUGUUCAAGUAAGCAUAGGCAAGCCAACCUGAUUGUCCACCACUUAUAGAUCCAGGAGGUUGGCAGAAUAUAAUAAGAUGGUAGCUGUUAUAGAUGUCACCGAUCUGGUUUUGUAAUGCCACUUUGGCUUCAGAUUCAAGACUAUCUCCACUUCCACCUGCCGCGACCGUGGCGACAGAAAUUUCAAUAACUCCACCAUUACCAAUGGGGGCAGCUUGGAUGUCUAACUGGUUCUUGGAGCAGGCUGCGUACUGUGACUUCAAAGACAGAGUAUCUAGAAAUAUAUCAUCCUCGAGCUUGCUCGCAUCUGCUGUAUGCGGAACACCAGCACCAUCAGUAACGCGAGCAACCAAAGUAGUUUUGGUGCCAAAAGGAGGACCCGGAAAGUUGUUAGCUGUUUGUCCGCGAUUGCGGGCAUCAUUUUCUGACAACUUUUCGAUGCGCGUGGAUGCUUCAUUAAUAUACAUCUCCCAGUCGGAUGUAGUUGACGAUCUCUGGAGAUAAGCACCUUSAGUCUUCAUGAUGGAUUGACCAGAUACAGGCUGAAGGGACUCGAUGAACUCUUUAGAAGGUUUAGAAGUCCCCUUAAAGCUGCACACCAUUCCAACGUCUGGAAUUUCGACGUCUCGAAUUUCGACACACCAUUGGCUUUUGGUUUCGCCGGAUACAAAUUGUGUA